AGAAGUAGAAGUGGUUCCGGGUUCACAACAAAACACCAACAGAAUUCCGGAAAAAUGGUGCGAAAACUAAAAUACCACGAGCAGAAACUGCUCAAAAAGGUGGACUUCUUCAACUGGAAGGAGACAAACACGCUGCAGGAGAACAAGGUGAUCCGCAAAUACCAUCUACAGAAGCGGACGGAUUACACGGCGUACAACAACCUGGCCCGGCAAGUACGCGAAGUAGCCCGCAAGAUAGCCGAUGUUGACCCGAAGCACCCAUUCCGGACGGAAAUGAGUGGGCUGCUGCUCGAGAAGCUGUACGUGAUGGGGCUGAUACCGACAAAGUGGGAUCUCGAGAAUGCAAACAACAUCAGCGCCUCUUCGUUCUGCCGCCGCCGGUUACCGCUCGUGCUGGUGCGGAAUAAGAUGUCGGAGAACGUGAAGCACGCCACCCAGAUGAUCGAACACGGACACGUUCGCGUGGGCGUGGAAGUGGUCAAGGAUCCGGCCUUCCUGGUGCCCCGAACGCUCGAGGACUUUGUGACGUGGGUCGACGGAUCCUCGAUCCGGAAGAAACUGCUGGAAUACAACGAUAUGCGAGAUGAUUUUGAAAUGUAAUAAAGAUAGACUACUGCCCCCUUCCAAAAAGGA